AUGGCUUCCUUACUGACCAUCAAAACGUUGGCCAUCUGCCUCUUUCCCGUCCUCAUAAGCGCAAAUGCAACAUCAACAGGCUACAUACCUCUGGGGGCUUCAUGUUACGACUCCAUAACCCCCGUCACAGUAACUUCAGCGAACUAUCCCUGGAUAGCUCCCAAAUGGAGCGACAAUUACGGACUCAUCGACUUCGUGUCUCUCGCGUCAAGUCGUCUCGAUGCCGGAUUCCCACAGCCAAUUGGACCGCCCGUGAAUGAGACAGCCAGCUACGAGAUUGCAGGCACGUUCUGCACCCCCAAGAAGCCGGGUAAGAAUGCAAAGACUGUGCUCUUGGCGACGCAUGGACUUGCUUUUGAUCGAAGGCAAGUCCACAAAACUUUCUUCAACCCCGUCCCCCUAAAACCACGUCAACAACACAUAACCCCAUCUCAUAACCCACAAACCAGACUCUCGGGUUUCACAAACCAACUCAACAUCCAAACCCCCAUCCUCAUCUCCCUCGCCCGCUCCCUCCUCAACGGCUCCCUCCCCCUCCCCCCGACCCCACCCCACUUCGGCCCCCCAAACGCCCUAAUCCUCCUCGGCCACUCCUUCGGCUCCUUCCUCUCCAACAGCGCCCUAGCCGCCGACCCCACCAUCGCUUCCGCCGCCAUCCUAACAAGCUACGGGCUCAACGGGCUCGACGCCCGGCUCGUGCUGGAAGGAAUCUCCCCACGCAUCGCACGCGUGCAAGACGCUUCAAAAUUCGCGGAUUUUGACCCCGGGUAUGUUACCACCAGCGACGUCUUCGCCAACAUCAACAGUUUCUUCAAGGCGCCGGCGUACGAGCAUGACGUCGCUGCCUUCUCUGAGGCUAAUAAACAGCCCUUUGCUAUUAGUGAGCUGGUGAGUUUGACGCCGGAGUUGCUGAGGCUGGACGCGAGGGCGUUUAAGGGGCCGACGUUGGUUAUUAGUGGGGAGUACGAUCAUGUUGUUUGUGGGGGGUACUGUCCUGGGGAGUUGGAUGCGAGUUUUAAGGAUAAAUUUGCGGAUCUGGAGACGUAUGUGCAGCCAAGUGCGGGACAUGGGAUCAAUUUUGCGACGAAUACGACGGCGUUUUUUGCGAAGAUUGGUGGGUUUCUUGAGGAUAAAGGGUUUUGA